AGUAUGCCCAAUCAUCAGGAUUUAGCAUCCAGUUUACUAGAAGAUCUCUUCUUGCAUAUCCCUGCAGAAACAAUCGGUGCGUCCGGAGAGAAGAACGACACGUGUCAAGCUCAACCAGAAAGAAAGGGCAAGGAAGUAGUAUUGCAUGUUCAAGAUGCUCAGGAGUCAAGUGGUGUAGCAAAGAAACAAGAACGUAACGCCAAUGAGCGUCUAAGGAGGCUGAGACUUCAUGCUUCUUACCUCACUCUCGGCACUCUUCUUCCUGAUCAUUCUUCUUCCUCCAAGAAGAAAUGGUGUGCACCGUCUAUAAUGGAUAGAGUGGUCACUUACAUUCCUAAGCUACAUAAUGAAGUUGAAGAACUAACUCUCAGAAAGAAGAAGCUUGUAGAAGAGAUCGAGAGCAAGAGCUCCCGAGGAUUAUCAGAACGACAAGAUCCUCACAUUCGAGCAAUCUCGGUUCUUGAAUUGGAGGGAUCAGGUGAUGAGAUUGUUGUGCAGGUAAGCAUGAAAAGGUUAAAAGAAGACGAUUUCUCUAACUUGCUUCACGUAAUGGAGAUGCAAGGUUUUAGUAUUUUAAGUGCUUCCACAUCUCUAGUGUGCCGAGAUCAAAAGGUGGUUUGCUACAACUUCCAUGUUAAAAUUGUUGAGAAGCCAUCUGAAGGUGAAGACUACAUCACAGUGUUGAAGAACAACAUCAUUUCUACCCUCUACUGACAAGACAAAAUGCAAAUGAAAUUACUGUGAGAUGAAGACUAUGGAAUAGCUUUGAUGACGCAUAUUUGAUCAUAUUUGGUUUGGUGUUUGAAAUCUUUUAAUCAUAUUUACGUGUAGCAUAUGUUGUCAUUUGCUUAAAAUCUUUCUUACUCAUACUAGAUAAACCAAUUUGGUGAUUUAACUUGCUGGUUCGUACUUUUCAAAACAAGUUGGACAAUGUUGAAUUAG